GAAGAAAAGCGCGCUUUUUCCCCAUUCUGCUCCGGUCACUUUCCUCAACUCCUAUCGCCGGUAAAGCCACGUUGUUUGUCAGGGUAAGAGGGAAAGAGGGGAAAAUGGACAUCAAGGAUGCGGGAUCGUCACUUGAUUCUUUGGUAUCCUCAUUCAACACUCGGAUAUCGGAGAUUCAACAGCUUGUCGUAGCUCGAAACAUGUACCCUGCAAGCAGCGUUUCAGAUUUGUCAGCUAUUGACUCUGCAUUGAAGGUGUUGGAGCUUCAGCUCCACAAAAUAAAAAUCCGGAUGCGUGAAGAAACUGAAGCCAUCCCCAAAGCCAAGAAACUAAUAGAAGCGUCACUGCGGCAGCAAAAGAAAUUGCAAAAUUUAUCUUCUGUAGUUCCAUCAUAUGUUCCUGAUAGAGUGACUAAAACAACUGAUGAUGCUACUAAAUGUUUAAAUCUAGAGCCCAUUGUUGAGGAUAGUUUUGUUUCUCUGAAACUUGAGGAGCCUGCACCAAAGGAGAAAAAAGGUCGCGUCUCCCCUCCACUUUUCUACAUUAGCUCCGAUGAACUGAAUUCUGUACCACCGUAUAUGAAACAGCGGAUCACUUUGGAAAAGGUCAAUGCAGCAAUAAAUGACAUGGCUACUUAUGCUGAAGCAACUUCCCAGCUUCUCACAGCCCCUCGUAAAAAGCUCAAAGAAAAUCUUGUGGAGAGAGCAAUGGAAUUAAGAGAUAUUGCAGCAACAGAAACAGUUAAAGGAAAGCAUUUCUUUCUUGAAACUGACAUCAGAGGGCCUUCACUGAAACUUGACAAUACAGGAAAAGCAAUACUAACUCUCCUCCGACACCUUGGUCGUAUAAGUGAAACUCGAAUUGGUCAUCACCGUGUGAUCCUUCUGUUGAGGCCUCACUGAAUUGCUAGCGACCCUCAGGUAGUUUUUUAAACAACUUCAUGUGAACUUU